CAUUCGUCAAAAUCAGUACACAUCUUCACACUUUUGGUCUGUGUAACAAUGAAGACUGCUUGCGUACUAUUGUUGGCUGUUUUGGUGGCGGCCUCUUCGGCUGAACCACCUAGACGCAACUCAAAGUUCUCGAGGCAGUUCCAAAGAAUAGAACAGGCUCCCUAUCAACCGUCUGGAUGGAAACCUGCGGGACCCGCAUUCAAACUUCCGACUGAGCAAGUACCUCACACGGUUUACGGACCACCAACGCAGGAACCUCCUCAGGAGUACGGACCACCUCCACAGGAAUACGGACCACCACCACAGGAAUACGGACCACCUCCACAAGAAUACGGACCACCACAACCACCUCAAGAAUACGGACCACCGUCAUCUGAAGCUCCCAUAGACAUUACUACCGAAGCCGCAGAACCAACCACCACGGAAAUACCAACAACCACAGAAAUUAAUGAAGAAUCUGAAACUGUUCAGCCAGAUGUGACUGGGAGACUUCAGGAAAGGAAACAAAACGGAGUUUACUACAUUUAUCAUCCAACUGGGUUACUACAAAGGGUCGUGUACUCAACUAAAGAUGAUGCUAGAAAAAUGGAGUAUUUGGCAAAGUUGAAAUAUGAAAAUGUAGAACCGAUACGUGGACCAAUUUACACCUAUAGUAAAGAUGAUCUCGUACUCAGAAGAUUGUGAUUUAUAAGAAUAUUGGCUGUGAUAAGAACUAUAGAAAUAAAAGAUUAAC